GUGUUCCUGAUUCAGGACAGAGAAGUACACUCUGCUGCAGAGGGAGCACCCAGUCAGUAGCACGACUUCGUAUCAAGAGGAUUCGGUGAUAUCGAGGUUGUAUUAGUUUGUAGCUGAGGCUCGGACAUGUUGCCAGGGGCUCUUCACAGGACUAUGUGCGUUCGUCCGGACGCGGCGCUCUGAUUCACGCGUGAGGGACGGUUUAACACCAAUGACACUCAAGCACAACUGCGACCUCAGAUAAAGGACUAUUGGGCUCAGGAGCGUUAGUGUGUCCGUGGCUAAACUUUCACGGUGACGUUGCGACCCUGAGUCAGCAUCGGCUGGGUGAAGUUACCGGGGUCACUCUAGACCAUUGCCAUGGUCAAGAAGCCCCUAGACAAUAAAAAAACAUCCUAUCGUCUUAGUGCCACAGGUCAAAUCCAUCAACACCAUCGGUGUAUCGCUGACAUCGGUUUAACACGACACAGGAAGUUUGCAUGAUGAACCUGGAGAAUCCUGGUGGUUUCCACAGGAGCGGGAAGCAUCUGGACAUGGAUCAAAAGGUCGGGAAGCUCACGUUCGGAUUUCAGAGAAGCUCUACCUCGGACGAUGAUUCAGGCUGUGCUUUGGAGGAGUACGCCUGGGUUCCACCUGGACUACGACCAGAACAGGUCCAGCUGUACUUCUCCUGUUUGCCAGAGGAUAAGGUUCCCUAUGUUAACAGCCCAGGAGAGAAAUACCGCAUCAAACAGCUCUUGUAUCAACUGCCUCCCCAUGACAAUGAGGUACGCUAUUGCCAGUCCCUUGGCGAGGAAGAAAAGAAGGAGCUACACAUGUUCAGUGUGCAGAGAAAAAAGGAGGCACUGGGGCGAGGAACUCUAAAGUUACUGCCUAGGGCCAUGCUUCACGCGAUCUGUGAACAUUGUGGGGAGAACGUCGGUGGAGGAGAGAUGGCAGUGUUCGCUUCAAGAGCAGGACCUGGACUGUGUUGGCAUCCAGCGUGUUUCGCAUGCUCAACGUGUAACGAGCUUCUGGUGGAUCUCAUUUAUUUCUAUCAUGAUGGGAAGAUUCAUUGUGGAAGACAUCAUGCUGAAUUGCUGAAGCCUCGCUGUUCAGCCUGUGAUGAGAUUAUCUUCGACGACGAGUGCACGGAGGCAGAGGGCCGUCACUGGCACAUGAAGCACUUUUCCUGCUUUGAAUGUGAAACCAUUCUGGGUGGUCAGAGGUACAUCAUGAAAGAUGGUCGACCCUACUGUUGUGGGUGCUUCGAGUCUCUGUACGCCGAAUACUGUGAGGCCUGUGGAGAACACAUUGGGGUAGACCAUGCUCAGAUGACAUAUGAUGGUCUCCAUUGGCAUGCUACGGAUGAGUGCUUCAGCUGUGCCCAGUGCAAAACAUCCUUGCUCGGUUGCCCCUUCCUGCCGAGACAAGGUCGCAUCUAUUGUUCCAAAUCUUGUAGUCUGGGGGAGGAUGUCCAUGCCUCAGACUCGUCAGAUUCUGCCUUUCAAUCUGGCAGGUCUCGUGAAUCCCGUCGCAGUGUCAGAACAGGAAAGAGCAGUCGUUCUGCAGACCAAUGCCGCCAGUCUCUGCUCUUCUCACCUGCCGGAAACUACAAGUUCCCUGGUUUCUCUGGCAACGCAGAAGACACUUUGUCAAACAAGCUGUCCCAUUUGAACUUAUCAGACGAGCAUUUUUGGAGGACCAGAGAGGAACAGGAAGUACCUGAGGACCAUGAAGAAUGGGCUGAGCAUGAAGACUAUAUGACUCAACUAAUUCUUAAGUUUGGAGAGCAUGGAAUCUUCCAGCAACAAGAAGACAACAGACCAAAUGAUCCUUGGGUGACUGACUCUGAAAUCAAACAGAAGGUGGAGUCAAAGAUUUCAAGCAAUGGUGGCAACAGCAGUCUGGGCAGUAAAAGGUACAAGACAGACAUGUACUGGACACAUUCCCAAGAUGGGCUGGGAGACUCUGCAUAUGGCAGUCAUCCCGGACCUGCUAGCAGCAGGAAAAUCCAGGAGCUUGAUCUGGAACAUGGUGCCAACUUCAAGCAUGAUGAAAAGCAGUGGUAUAAUGACUCACUGGAAUGCAUCACGGAUGGACUUAAACAGCAGGAACGGAGUGUCCGAGACUCCAUGGACUCUCUAGCGCUAUCUAAUAUCACAGGUGCCUCAGUGGAAGUGGAUUUUAAAGAGAAACAUGUACCCUUUUUGUUACAAAACUUCACAAAUCUGGAGAAACAGGAUUGUGAAAAAACAAGCAACAUGGGAACUCUCAACUCUUCAAUGCUGCACAGGAGCGCCAACUCCCUCAAGAGCCUUACGUCUGAGCUGGAGCACAUAGAAGUAGUAGAGGAAGAACCAGAAGAGGUGAUCCCCCUCCCAGAGGAACGACCCAUUACUCCAGUUCUGCGGAGGUCCAGAUCUCAGACGAGGCCUCACCAGGUCAAGUUCUCCGAUGACGUUGUGGACAACGGACACUACGGAGACGUAGAGGUACGACAGCCUCCGAUGAGCGAACGCACUCGGAGAAGGGUGUACCAUUUCGAAGAACAGGACGAGCGACACCGCCGGCAUCACCGUAACCGCAGACGAAGGAGCCGGAAGUCUCGGUCUGACAAUGCACUGCACAUAGUACCCAAAGAGCAGGCACGUAUGUGCUACAGAGAGGACUAUCUCCAGCGUGGUCCUGUUCCUACACCUCAGUAUGUUCAGCACUCCAACGCCCAUGCGAACUCCGAUUACGGCUUGCAGAACCAGGCUGCCGAAAAGUUCUGUCGUCUUUAUGGAGACGACGACGACUGGUGCUCUACUUGCUCAUCAUCUUCCUCUGAAUCCGAGGAGGAAGGUUUCUUCUUGGGUCAACCUAUUCCACAACCCAGGCAGCCGAGAUAUCAGUAUUAUGCUUCCCAAAAUCAACUUCCCAAUCAAGUAUCCAUACCUUACGGCGCAAGGACAAAUUCCAAAAAGAAGCGAGGACAUAAGGGGAAAAACUGUAUAAUUUCAUAGACUGUGUAGAAUCCAAAAUAGUCACCAGUACGUUGCAAUACAAUAGUUUUAGCGCCCGCAUUUUAUCCGCCUGCAUUCAGCAAGUCAGCACUGACCCUAGCUCAAAACAUUUCCGCAGUAUUUUUGAUGAACAAGUCCGAUGCAUUCUUGAAAAGUCAUUGUCUUGCAAUUCAGUAAUAUUCCAUGUAUUAAAAAAAAAUGCUAUGUUUAUUCAAUAAUUGGUCACUCGGUCAUUGACGUAUCGAAAGAUUAUAUUUAUAAAGUACCAUAUAUAAAUGAGUGAAUAUUUAACAGUGCAAAUAUGUGUGUGUAUAUAUUGUAAAAUAACUGUUAUGAUUGAAAGCAGAUAUUUUUAUAUCCCUGAAUUUUUGACGAAGAAAAAAAGUACUACGAUAGUCGACAGAUAGCAGUAGUUGACAGAUGAUUUGCAGCAGUUUCACUUUUGUUAAUUAGUUUUUUUUAAUAAGAAUGUCACCGAAUGCGAUGCAGUUAUAUCCUUGUUAUUUCAAGGUAACAUGUACACAUGCUUCUUUUCUAUUAAAACAAACUAAUGAAAAUA